AUGGGCCAUCUCGUUCUGCCCUCUUUCCAUAGUUCGACAUCCUUGUGGAUAGCUUUUUUAAUAGGAAUAAAAUGGACACAAAGGGGCCUUAGUUGUCCACAAGAAUGCACCUGUGAAAAGUGGCAAGUGAACUGCAGUGGGAAGAUGUUAGACCAAGUUCCAACUGGAAUUCCACUGAUUACCAAGGAAUUGAUUCUGGCCAACAACAACCUCAGCAGCUUACCACUAUUACAAAUGAGCUAUCUAAAUGAGCUGGUCUAUCUGGAUUGUAGCCACAACCUGGUAGAAAUGGGCUUAGAUUUUACCUUUCCUGGUAUAGUCAAGUUGACGUACUUGGACCUCAGUUUCAAUAGACUCUCCUACAUAACUUCCCACACUUUCUCACAAUUGAAUAAGCUGUUGCUGCUGAAUCUCUCAAGCAACCCAAUGAUGUUGGAUAUUAAAGAGAAAGCCUUUGAAAGCAACUCCCUGCUGAGAUACUUGGAUAUGAGUGACUGUGGUUUGACUUACAUCAGUGCUGAAUUAUUCAGACAUCUGCACAACCUUCAUAUUUUGGGUAUAAAGGGUAACCCCUGGAAUUGUGACUGCAACUUCUUGGAAUUUUGCAAUUGGAUGAAGAAGGCUGAUACUCUAUAUCCAAACUCUGAGGAAAUCACUUGCAGCAAACCAGAACUUCUAAAGGGUCUAACAGUCCUUGAGGCAGAAUCAAAGCUCCAUUACCUAUGCCUUGUGCAUUUAGAAACAGAAGAUUUCAUAUUCACGGCUCUGAUUGCAUUCUGCAUCUUUUUUGGAGGAACUCUGGUGGCCUGGCUGGCUGGCAUAAGCACAGUGAUAUAUUAUCACCCUGUAAUGAAGGUGGAUGAUGAAUCAGAGGACGAGGAGUACAGAAUGAUUUAG